GUCUCCUCACGCCGCGUGCGGCUUCGGAGCCGUUUCCAGGGUGCAAGCCACUGGCGCGGUCAUGGCCCGCCGCGGGCGCGGGGAGGAGGCGCAGCCGCAGGCACGGCUUUUCAGGCUGGUGCAAGAAGGGCGGCUAGGACCCCUGCAAGAGGAGCUUGGGAGAGCGGAGCAAGGCCGCGGCUGGCGCGGGAAAACAGGGUGCCCGGCCAGGGGCGGCGACACCCUCCUCCAUUCUGCGGCCAGGCACGGCCAUCGGGACAUCCUGGCCUACCUGGUUGAAGCUUGGGAGCUGGAUAUCGAGGCCCCUAACAGGGACUACAAGCGGCCCCUGCAUGAGGCGGCAUCCCUGGGACACCGGGACUGCGUGCUGUACCUCCUGCAAAGAGGGGCAGCUGUAGACUGCCUGAAGAAAGGGGACUGGACUCCUCUGAUGAUGGCUUGCACGAGGAAAAACUUGGAAGUGAUCCAGGACCUUGUGGAGCAUGGGGCCAAUCCAGUCCUGAAGAACAAAGACGGUUGGAACAGCUUUCAUAUUGCCAGCCGAGAGGGUGACCCUGUGAUCCUCCAGUACUUGCUAACUGUUUCUCCAGCUAUCUGGCAGACAGAGAGUAAAAUCAGAAGAACACCUCUACAUACUGCAGCAAUGCAUGGCUGCUUAGAGGCAGUGGAAGUGCUUCUUGAGAGGUGCCAGUAUGAGCCAGACAGCAGAGAUCAAUGUGGUAUUACUCCAUUUAUGGAUGCAAUACAAUGUGGCCACAUCAGCACAGCUCAACUUCUCCUUGAAAAACAUAAGGCUUGUUUCACAGCCAAGGACAUCCUAGGUGCCCAAGCUUUACACAAGGCAGCAGUCACUGGUCAAGAUAAAGCCAUUCAAUUUCUAGUCUCUGAUCUUGGUGUUGGAGUUGAUGAGAGAGUCACAUUAAGUGGAUACACAGCCCUUCACUUUGCAUCUAAGGAGGGACAUACAAGUACAGUGAAGACUCUCUUGUCCUUGGGAGCUGACCUCAAGUCUAAAGAAGGAAAAAAUCGAUCUGCCCUGCAUCUGGCUUGUGCUGGUCAACACUUGGACUGCAUUGAGUUUCUCCUCCAAUGUGGACUAAAGGACUCUCCAGACAUUGAAGGGACCCUGGCUCGGGAGCUCAUAAAGAAACAAGAUAUUCUUUAUUACUUUGACCAAAAAGUAGCAUGACCCACAAAUCCUCCUAAAAGAAGAAAAUUUUGAGCAGCAGUGUUACUAGCUUUCUUGCUAAUUUUUGGUUAAUAAACAUAGGACUAUUGAAUUUGGACAUCACUGAGUGCUUUCAACUCCUCCUUUAUACCUGAGUAAGGAUGUCUGUGAUCAUCAGGAAACAACAUCCAGAUUAACUUCUGGGAACCACAGAGUUUCUGUUGUAUUCUAAACUCUGUUAUGAACAUGUUGUGAGAUCCUGACCCAGCAUACACUUCUUGCUUUGUACUUAAGUUUCUCUGCUUUUGAAGUUGAUACAAUAACUUAUUCUGCUUCUUGAGGAAUUUCUAUAAGAGGAAUUAGAAUUUGCUCUUAAAAGAAUCUUCUGACUGCUCAGAAAAAGGUAUGAAAGUAUUAUAUUAUGGAUGGGGUUAAGCCCUGUUAAAAUUCAAGUUUCAUCUGAAAUUUACUUUAGAUUUGAAUAGUGAUACUCUGCUGUUCAUUUUGAUUUAUUAUUUCAUAGAUCUAUUUUUGAGCUGAUAUGAUUUCUGGUUUUGUUUUGGAGAGGAAAUAUCUAUUGGACAUUUAUCUUUUCCACAAUCAAAACACUCUCUCUUCCCUUUGAACUGGCCAUAUUUCCUCACUCCCAUUUUACCUCUGUUUCAUAGAAUAUCUCUUCUUUCAAGAUACAUUUCAAGCAUUGCCUUCUACACAAAAACUUUGCGGAUUUCAUGUCCCCCCGCCAUCAACUCCUAAUGUUCUUCCUCCCGAGGUGCCUUAUAUUCAAUUACUUUUAUUUAUUUUCUUUAUAUUUAUAAAUAUAUAUAUAAAACACAUCAGAGAGGAUUCAAAAUAUAUAACAAUAAAUUGCUAGUUCAAGAAAGUUUAUAUAAUAGAACAAAUUAUAUUCAUGUGUGUCUAUCUUUUCUUCCUUGUGGGUUAUUCUUUUGUUCUCUGCUGUGUACUUUUUUUUUACUUUAUCGGGGUUUUUUCCCCCUUUCAUCCCCUUACCUCCCCCAAGCAGGCUAUACUUAAGCUAGGAUAUAUUUGUGUAUGUAUGUAUGUCCAUAUACACACACAUAUACAUAUAUAUAUAUACACAGACACAUAAACACAUCCACAUACAUACAUAGACCUUUCCUAUCCCUGCUAAUUCAUUGCUUUGAUUCUGCUUUUUUAACUUGCCUUGCUAUUACUUCCUUUAUCUUCCAAUUAUUUUUAUAUUUUCUCUUCUUGAUCUGUUCUUUAGAUGUUUUUUCUUAUAAGAUGUUCACAUUCUAUUCUAUUUUUUCAUUUUUCAUAUUAUUUUGUUAUUUCUUGUUUUCUUAUAGCUUUAUCGUUUCCUCUUGUCCAGUUCUAAUUUUCAAAGAGUAUUUUUGUCUUUAAGACUAUAUCUCCUUUUUUAGAUGGUUAGUUUGUUUUUCAUAAUCGUCUUGUUUUUCUUAGAGGGUUUUUAUUUCAGUUCAGUUCAAUGACUCUUCUGAUUUUUAAAUUCUUUUUUGAGUUCGUCUAUAAAUUCUCUCAGGGCAGGGAACUAUCUACUUAACAUUACUCUUUGAGGUAAAUGCUGCUUUUUUAACUUCAGUGUCCUCCUCUGAAGAUGAGGUCUUCCCUAUUUCCAGAGUAAGUUUCAAUGGUGGGGUUCGUUCUUUUUUGCUGGUUCAUUUUUUUAAAAAUAAGAGGUAUUACAAUGAUCAAUUCUGAUGAUCGUGGCUCUUUUCAACAGCAAGGUGAUUCAGGCCAGUUCCAAUGGUCUUGUGAUGAAGAGAGCCAUCUGCCCCCAGAGAGAAGACUGAUGAACUGAGUGUAGAUAGUAUUUUCACUACUUUUGUUGUUUGUUUGUAUUUUAUUUUCUUUCUCAUUUUUUUCUUUUUGAUUUUAUUUUUCUUGUGCAGCAAGAUAAUUGUAUAAAUAUAUAUGUAUGUAUUGGAUUUAACAUAUUUUUAAACAUAUAUUGGAUUACUUGCCAUUUAGGGGAGGGGGUGAAGGAAAGGAAGGGAAAAAUUGGAACACGCAAUUUUGCAAGGGUCGGUGUUAAAAAAUUAUCUGUGCAUAUGUUUUGAAAAUAAAAAGCUUUAAUAAAAAAUAAAUAAAAAUAAUAAGAA